GAGACAGUUGGUGCCAGUUAUGUGAUGUUGAAGGCAGAGCUUUCACAACAAGGACACCAGUGGCGGAGGCAGUGUGCACAGACGGUGUAUUAAGGCACAGAUUUGGAAGAGGGGUUUCUGUUCUACUCAAGCAACACCAGUUCAGUUGGUGUUGCCAUGGAAACCAUCAAGAGAAAUAAUAGCAAGACCAGAGAGGAGGUAUCAAUGCAGCUGGACCUGAAGGCCAGCACCUCUCAAGAGGAGAACCUUACAGAUCAUUACAUCAUACUCAGGACCCUUGGCAAAGGGACCUUUGCUGAGGUGAAGCUGGCCUGCCACCUCCACACAGAGGUGCAGGUUGCCAUCAAGAUCCUGGAAAAUGGUGAGAAUAAUGACCACAACAACAGAACUGAAAUUGACAUUGUGAAGACGCUGGACCACCCAAACAUCAUCAAGGUGUUCCACAUCAUCAACACCGAAGAGCACAUCUAUAUGGUGAUGGAGCAUGCUUCUCGGGGAGAUCUGGUGAGCCAUAUUGAGAAAGUGGGCUGUCUGCAGGAGGAGCAGGCCCAGCACAUCUUCACUCAGAUUGUGUGUGCAGUUCACUACUGCCAUAAGAAUGGCAUUGCACACAGGGACAUCAAACUAGAUAACAUCCUGCUGGAUGGCAAAGGAAGUGUCAAACUGUGUGACUUUGGCCUGGCCAUCAGAGUCACCUCUGGGCAGAGGUCCAAGGGAUUGUGUGGCACCCUUGAAUAUUGUGCUCCAGAACUAUUCACUGACACAGAAUAUGAUGCAAAGGCGGUGGACAUCUGGAGCAUGGGAGUGGUUUUAUAUACAAUGGUGACAGCGUGCUUCCCAUUCAAAGCAAGGACCUAUUCAGACAUGAAGGAGGAGAUGUUGAAUCCCCGGUACUACAUUCCUUCCACACUUUCUCCAAACAUUGUAAACCUCAUUGUGCAGUUAUUCACUGUGAUGCCUGAGCAGAGACCCAAGAUAAGUGACAUUAGGCAGCACCAGUGGUUCAAGGACAGAGAAGAAUUUUGGAAACUCCCACUAUCCUCAGAGACAUACAGUACCAUCCCAAACCCCAGCCUUGUGGUGGCUAUGUGGGGCAUGGGCUACGAUCCCAAGGAUAUUAGUGAUUGUAUACGUGAGAAAAAAUUCAAUAACAUCAUGGCCACGUACCUAAUUUUAAAACACGAGUCAGCCCAGGACCAUACUAACUAUGCUGUGAAGCCUAUGCAGGCCUGUGUUGCCAUGUCACCAGAAGAUGCUCUCACUUCCCUUCCUCCUCAGAGGAGACUGAGUGAGCCUUCCCUUCACACCUUUGCCUUGCUGGAUGAACACCUGAUGCAGGAUGAGAAGAGAUCAUGGAAGAAGGGGAGCAGAAGCCUGAGCAUGCCUACUAUCCUGUGCUUCCAGCAGAAGGGGGAUAACCCUCCCCAUCCAGUCCCCAAGUAUUCUCCUGAGGUUACUCACCUCAUGAGCACUUUGACAGUAGGUAGCUUGAAUUGCAAGAGACUGUCCUCAAGAUGCCCAUUCUCUGAGGGCAUUUCUUCUGCACAGUAUUUGUCCUGGGAAACACCCCAGGAAAUGAACACCCUAAAGAAUUGCUCAUACACUCAGAGGAAACCCUCUGUAAAGAAGCACAGGGAGGCACCUCAGGGUGUGACCACCACUGCCACCUAUAGAACCCAGAGGUCUUCCCUUCAGGCAAUGUCCGAAAACAACUUUGAAGCUGUCCCUCCUGAAGGUAUAACUGCACCUUCUGCCAGCAGUCUAUCUCAAGGCUGGAAAAGGGUUAAGAAGAGGAUUGGGAACUGGGUGAGACUCCUGUGCUGCUGCCUGCCAGCCUCACCAAGACGCCACGUUUCUGAGAAGGAAGUGGCACCACUGGAAGUGGAGAGCAGUGCAGGUACACACAUGCAGUGA